AAAGCAAAUAGGUAUACCGUAUCCAUAGUGUCGGAUCGCGCACAGAUUGUACGCCACCGUAUCAUGGGAAACUCGCAAAAGUCUCUGACUCGUCUUUGAAUUUUCGCUGUUGGAUGACGGUUCGAACAAGAAAUAAUAAGAGCAACAACAACAACAAAAAAAUGUUAUCCGGAAAGAUUCCCAGUGUCGACUUUGGCCUUUGGGCAGGCGGUACGUCGCAGGAGCGCAAUCAGAUUGCCCGCGACUUGUCCAAUGCCUGCCGCCAUGUCGGUUUCGUCUAUCUCGUCAACCACGGGAUCGAACAGAACCUCUUGACCGAAGCGUUUGCAUGGUCCAAGAAGCUCUUUGAUCUACCGAUAGAGAAGAAGAUGCUUGUGCCGCACCCCCCUGGCUUUCUCAUCCACAGGGGCUACUCAUGGCCCGGCCUGGAAAAGGUCUCCCAGCAAGAAGACCUAACCAACUCCAGCGACCCGGCAACGGCGACCGCCAACAUCCGCACUGUCCCGGAUGUUAAGGAGAGCUUCGAGAUGGGCAGUGAAGAGUUCGCAGAGCAACCAAACGUGUGGCCGCCCGAAGCCGACGCCCUCUCGGAGCUCUCCGGCUUCCGGACGUUCAUGGUCCGGUUCUACAAAGAAUGCGCCCGUUUGUCCCUCGAGGUGAUCCGCGCCAUGGCCUCAGGGAUCCAGCUGUCGCCGUCCGAGGAGACGCAUCUCGUGGCCUCGCACGCAGGUGCGCUGAAUAACCAGCUGCGCCUGCUGCACUACCCUCCCGUGUCCGGGGCUUCCCUCCGUCGCGGCGAGGUGGCGCGGAUGCCGGCGCAUUCCGACUGGGGUACCAUCACGCUGCUGUUCCAGGACGGGGCCGGUGGGCUCCAGGUCGAGGAUCCGGGGGCGUCGGGCCGCUUUGUUGAUGCACCGCCGGUGGAUGGUGCCGUGGUGGUCAACGUCGGGGAUGCCCUGAUGCGGUGGACGAACGGCUAUUUCAAGUCCACUCUGCAUCGUGUCGGCAUCCCACCAGACUACUCGGAUGCCGCAAAGCCACAAGAAGAGCAGAAUGGCCGACGAGAUUUGACCCCCUCUCGCUACUCUAUCCCCUACUUUGUUAGCCCAAAUCCCGAUGCAGUUGUUGAUUGCUUUGCUUCCUGCGUGACCGACGACAGGCCACUCGGAUAUGAGAGAAUCAUCUAUGAGGACUACAGAAAAAUGCGAGCGAGUACGCAGUACUGAACAAGCAAAACUGUUGACGAGAUAGUUUGUUGUCCAGAGGUUUUGAUGCGCAGCCAUUAUGGCGUAGCAUAUACCACCCGCCCCAGACGGCUUCAAUCGUGGGUAUAGAUGGUGGUCAGACUUGUACUUUUGGUGCUUACUUAUGCGGUCAUAUCGAUUGACCAAGAGACAAACUUGAUGUGGAUUCUUUCAUUGCCCUCUUAUGUGUUAUUCGGACCCAAGAUGCUCAUGAAAGCCGG